GGUUUGGGUCCUGAUAUUUUUAUUACUAAUUGGAGUAACUACACAAAUCAUAGAAAUAUAAAUUAUAACUCAGAAUUAGAAACGUGUAAAUAAAAGUGUCUAGCUCUAAAUCUCUUUAACUUUUAUCUGUUAAACCAAUUUAAUUAAUUGGUUUAAUAAAAAGAUCAAUAACUGUUUCGCAGAAUGAACAAUAUAUGUCGGCUAUGCUUUAUCAAUACAGGUAUUACUUCCAUAUACGAGUACAGUUCGGGUACACAAAUAAGCGCAAAAAUAAUGCACUGUUGCAAAAAUAUUCACAUCUCUGAAGAAGAAGACUUACCUGUACACAUUUGUACAUGUUGCGAAAAGGAGCUGGAGUCGUCUUACUCUUUUAUUCUUAAAUGUGAAGAAACAGACAAAAAAUUAAGAUCAUUUGAUUCUAAAUAUUUGAAAAAAGAAAGCAAAAUUGAAAUAAAGGAAGAACCAGACGCCGAUUCAAUGCCUGACGUUGAAGUCGAGUUAUACGAGUCAAAUACCGUUAUAAAACAAGAAGAUGGUGAAUCAAAUUUGGAAUUAAAAAAUAAAAAUGAAAAUAUUGAUAUAGUUUGUAAGACAAGGAAGAAAAGUAAAGAUUCCCAAUCGUGUUCUUGCCGCGUCUGUGGUCGUCAGUGCCCAAACCCUUCAACUCUUUUAAUUCACAUGAGAACUCAUACAAACGAAAGACCGUACUGUUGUCGGUUCUGUGAUAAGAAAUACAAAGACACCGGUAGUCUUAAAAGACACACUGAAAGAAAUCAUAUUAAAGACGGAAGGGAGAGAAAAUUUACAUGUGAAGUUUGCGGUAAAAGUUUCUAUUCUAAGAAUGAUAUUAAAGUUCAUAUGCGGGUUCAUACUGGAGACACUCCGUAUGCAUGCUCAGAGUGUCCGGCGAGGUUUACACAGAUAAACUCACUCCAUAGGCAUCAAGUACGUCACACAGGAGAGAAGCCACACCAAUGCUCUUUAUGCCAUAAAAGAUUUUGUAGUAAAGAAGAAGUAAAAAAACACAGUGUAUCACACACUAGCACUAAAAAAUAUAAAUGUCCAACGUGCAAUGCACCGUUUAAAUAUAAAAACAAUCUCAGAAAGCAUAUUAAAAAACAUUCAGAUAUGAUUAAGUUCACGUGCAAUUACUGUGGCCGGGAAUUUACAAUCAAAGGCAGUUUAACUCUACACAUCAAGCGACUGCAUUCAUCAAAAUCAGGAUAUUGCAACAUAUGUUUAAAAGAUGUUCCAAAUAUUGAAGUGCACACGUGGAAACAUACGGGGGAGCGUCCACUUAAAUGUGACUUUUGUCCAAGAAGUUUUGCAGAACAAAAGACUCUAGUCAGACACAUCAAUUAUAGACAUAAAUACACAGACAAAUACAAAUGCAUGCUCCACGGCUGUACGGUCAAGUUCCCUUCAAAACAAAUGUUAGACUUUCACGUCUUGAAGCAUCACGGUAACACUGUACCUUUUCAGUGCGAUAAAUGUUCCAGAGGGUUCUACAGAAAAAGUGAUUUGGCAAGACACAAGAUAGGAACGCAUAAAGAGAAGCUUUCUGAAUAGUAAUAAAAACCGGAGCUAAUAAAAGAUCACAAUCUCCCAUCUAUAUAUUUAUUAGUACUGAUGUUGUUACAGUACAUUAUCACAGAAGAAUAAGUUACAAAGCGAGAAAACAAGCAAUAGCCAAAUGUAAAUAUAUUGUUAAAUAAAAAGUUAAAUAAAUAAAACAAGUUCUUUCCAGUGAA